AUGGAUGGGCUCCUAACCCCCAGGGAAUCCGCAAAAUUCAUUGCAGAAAACAGUCAGGAUGUGUUCAUCGACGGCGCAGGCGUGCAGCGUGUGGCUGAACUUCUGCUAGCGAAGAUCUCUGGGCCUGAACUGCAUGUGGGAGGGUGGAAGACCCUUCACGAGCUGAACCCCAAGGCGGCCGAUGAGGCUGCGGUCAACUGGGUAUUCGUAACAGACACGCUCAAUUUCUCCUUUUGGACGGAGCACGAAGAGCACAAGUGUCUGGUGGGAUACAAGGGGAAAACGUACAGCGGCUACUGGUCUCUCUGCGCCGCAGUCAACCGGGCCCUCGACGAAGGCAUACCAGUAACUAGUGCCUCCUACUAUGCCACAGUGACCCUGCAGCAGGUUCAGCAUAUAUUCCGUUCUGACACGGACGUUCCCAUGCCUUUGUUAGAAGAAAGGCAUCGGAUUCUUAAUGAAACCGGGAAAAUUCUGCUUGAGAAGUAUGAAGGCUCAUUUCUUAAUUGUGUCCAAAAAAGUGAAAAAAGUGCACAAAAGUUAAUGCACCUAGUAGUUGAAAGUUUUCCUUCUUACAGAGAUGUGACUCAGUUUGAGGGGAAAAGGGUUUCUUUUUAUAAACGGGCCCAGAUCCUUGUGGCAGAUACAUGGAGUGUAUUAGAAGGAAAAGGAGAUGGCUGCUUUAAGGACAUCUCCAGUAUCACCAUGUUUGCUGACUACAGACUACCUCAGGUUCUUGUUCAUCUUGGGGCCCUGAGAUAUUCUAAUGAACUACUAAAGAAGCUUCUUAAAGGAGAAAUGCUGUCAUACGGGGAUAAGCAGGAGGUAGAAAUCAGAGGGUGCUCAGUUUGGUGUGUUGAGCUCAUCCGAGAUCGUCUUCUAGAGCUUAUUGAAAAAAAGGGUGAAAAAACUAAUGGCGAGAUCAAUUCCAUUCUUCUGGAUUAUUAUUUAUGGGACUACGCCCGUGAUCACAGAGCUGACAUGAAAGGAAUUCCAUUUCAUCACACCCGUUGCAUGUAUUAUUGA